AUGCUGGUGGCGAUGAUUGCUCCAACCUCCACCCACACUUCCUCCCUACCUCUCCCUCCUCCCCCUUCUCUCCAUGCCCCCUCCCCCCUCCAAGCUGCUGGUAGCGGUCUUGGAGGAGAUAAUGGCAAGUCUGCGUUUGCCUCCCUUUCGCCCCUCUCAUUUCAUCCCCCCACCCUUCUGUUCCACCACUCCCUCUCCCCCCUCUCCCCUCCCUUGGCAGAUGCUGGUGGCGGUGUUGGAGAAGUUCCACAUUCUAGCGCAGGUGGUGGGGGCGGAGGCGCAUGCUUCUGUCUAUUCAUCCCCUUCCUCCUCUUCCCCUUUUUGCCCACCCCCCAAUUCCACAUUCUAGCGCAGGUGGUGGGGGCGGAGGCGCAUGCUUCCGUCAUCCCCUUCCCCCCCCCCCCCCCCCCAGUUCCACAUUCUCGCGCAUGUGGUGGGGGCGGAGGCGCAUGCUUCCCGCAGGUGGUGGGGGCGGAGGUGGUGUUUGUUGUUCAUUCCUCCUGUCCCGUUCUAUGCUUCCCCCCUUUCCAGUUCUACAUCCUGGCACAUGUACUUGGAGCGGAGGCGCAUGCGCUGGCCGAGCUCGCAGAGCUGGCAGAGCUGCAGGGCUUUGUGCAGCCGCUGUUGCGCGCCUCCACUGCUGCCAACGCCACCGCCCACACAGACGCAGACGGCCUCGCCGCUGCUGAGCGCUGGAGGGCGGCAUCACAGAGAAUGACGUUUGUGUGCUCUGGUGUGUGCCUUAGCUUAGGGGAGGGGUCCCAAACAAUGCUAAACAUUGGACUGGGAUCCAGAUAUGUGAGACCUGUGAGGGAGAAGAGCUGUGUCACCCCCUCUGCAGUGAAGCCGGAAGAUUCACAAAGGUUGAGCGACGUGAGAGAGUGCAAGGAGGUAAGUGAGUAUGCGGUGUUCAUGCCGCCCCGUGCCGUGGUGCUGGAGUUGCGGCCGCAGGGGGCGCAGGGGAGCGAGUAUGCGGUGUUCCAUCGGCUGGCAGAUGCGUGUGGACGCCUCAAGUGUCGCGAUAACGAAAUGGCGAUGACACCGGAGGACAUGGAGGUGAGGCUGAAGGAGAUGGUGCUGAAGGUGCAGCUAGGGGAGAUGGCGGGCGGCGAGGGCGAGCGCGUGGCGGCGUUGGAGGCGAAGCUGAGGGAGCAGGGCGACGCCAUUGGUGAAGAAGCGAAAGGCAUUGGCGCGCAGCCACUGAAAGGUGCGCGGGAUAACGUGUUCGCUGCGAUUGAAGUGGAGGAGAUGAAGGCGCAGGUGGACGCGGCGAGGGGGGAGGCGAGUGAGGUGCGUGGAGAGGUGGGCACGCUGAAGGCGGAGCUUGCGCAGAUGAGAGCUUCGGUGGAGCGGCAGGCGGCGGAGGUGGCGUACGUGAAGGCGACGGCUGCGCACUCGGAGGCGCGCAUCAACCACGUUGAGCUGGCGCUCGCCGCCAUCAAGAAGAGCCGCGCUGAGCGCGAGGCGGGCAGCCGGGGGGAGCAUGCAGGGGAAGAGACGCGCGCGGGGAAGAGACGGAAAGGGAGGAAGGGGGAGACAAAGGGGGCAUGGCAGAUGCCCUGA